AUGAUACAGCUUAAGUCUGUGAUCGUUCCUGGAAAAAUACUUUGGAAGUUUGAUGAAGCAUUCUGGGUUCCAUUUGUUGGUGCGCCAACAGGUUACAAUACGGCUACCGCACGCUUAUGCUGGCGCCUUCAUUUUUCUAUGGAUUUCUUUAAAGUUGCGAGUGAUAACGUACCACGCGGUACUUCUGUUGCUGCAACGCGAGCACACUGCCAAAUUUUGCAGUGUUGCUCAUCUGAAGCUUAA